UUGAAAUAAAGACCAUUUUCGAUCGUGGAAACUGACCAUAUUGUAAUUAGGAAAUGUUGGUUAUUAUAUGUAUUGUAUAUAAUAUUGUUCUAUGCAUCUUUUUGUGUUAUGCUUGUGUACGUGUCUCAUUUUAUGUCUCUUUAAAUGCAUUUUAUGAACUGGCCCUUUAAAUGUACCUGUUGGCAAGCACUGCCUGCGCCUUCUCUAUUGAGGAGCGAUGGGUUAAAAUGUGGAUUGAGGAAAAAGCUUAUUAGACGUGAUGCCGUCUACUUACUGUAGAUAUGGGGAGCUCUUGAUUUAAAUUCCUCAGUGACAUUACUUUUGUUUUCUUUUAGAAGAAUGUGUGUGCUUGUUUUUAUUACAUCCACUGCCUUUUGGAUGUAUUGAUAAUUAAAACUAUUUUAUCCUUCAGCAGUUAAUUACCUGGAUUUUGCCUUGUGGAACCUGCGUUAUACAUAUUUUCUCUUCAGAAACUCCUUUUAAGGCUGCGGAGAUUGCCUGAAGAUUUUAUAAAAUGGCAAGGUUUUAUAUUGUGAAUAUUUUCUUUUGAGGAAAAAAAAGCUCUUCAAAUACGUGCCUCGGAAAGGAAAAACUUGAAUUAACAGUUGUGGUCAUUCCACCAUUUGUUGCAAACAUACAGGAAGGAUGCGAGAAUUGAUUUUGGUGGAUGUAAAACCAUAGACUUACUUUUCCUGUCUUUGAAGUCUUAUUUAUAUAGAGAGAUUUUAUUUUCGGAAUGAUGUUUACUUUCGCUGCCUUUUGCUACAUGCUUUCGCUGGUUCUCUGCGCUGCACUGAUCUUCUUUGCAAUCUGGCAUAUAACUGCCUUUGAUGAGCUCCAAACGGACUUCAAGAACCCAAUCGAUCAGGGCAAUCCCCUUCAUGCGCGCGAAAGGCUCAGAAACAUUGAGAGGAUAUGCUUCCUUCUGAGAAAGUAUGAUCUACACUUUGGUAAGUUCAUAACCGGUCGCAGCAUCGAGGAGAAGAAUUUUAAAUCAGAGAACUCCCCAGGACAAAGAAAUAGAAACUGUUUUCUGGAAUGCCAAGAGAGAAUCACAUGCAAGGACCAAGAACACUUGUGGGUGCUAUCUGGCUUAGCCAGGGAAAUAGGCAUCCUACAUUGAGAGAAAAUGGUCAAUGGCAUUGAACAGCUAUGGCAUUCCAGCUUGUAUCUACUUCUGUCUUUCAUUCUGGACUGAUGUUUUAAUAUACAGUAAUACAUCUCCACCACAGAGCCAUACAUACUGUAUGUUACAGAAUUGCACAUCAAUGACUCAGGCAUAUGAUUAGGAGUCUGUAUGUACAGUAUGUGUUUUCCUGUAAGAAUUUCAUUUUCUCUGAGUUAAUAGUUACAAAACCCAGAGGAGCAAACAGAAUCCAGGGUUUCAAACCACAUGAAAAGCCUUCAAUCUAGCCAGCAUUAUAUUUUACACAUGGUAUAUCUGAUUUUUUAAUGUUGAAUGUUACAUUUUUAUCUAAUUUGUAUCUAGUUUAUACAUUUAUGCACAACCACAGGUGAUCAUCUUGUGAAAUGUAGAUCUACAUAUCUCUUUCUAUACAUAUUGAAGCUCUAGUGUGCACCUUUGAAAUAAAGCAGAAGGAUGAGUUUGUCCAGGUUUUGUACACAGGAAGUGUUAAAAAGGAAAACGGAAAUAUAUGGCUGAUAUUAUCUUCUGAGAGUACUAAAAGCCACAGCAUUAUUAUUGUCAUGAUCAUUGUCAUCAUGAUUCUUCUUAUUCAUGUAAUUAAACAUGCUCUCCAUUUCUGUUAUAAAGUGAUUAAUACAUUUAUAUCAUUACCUGUUUUGUACAAUGGUGUUUCUCUUUUCCGUUAUGUUCACAAUGAAUAUAUACUACUUUUCUGUAUGAAAGCACCACAAAGGUUUUGGUUUACAAUAAUACAUGUACUGUAGGUGUUCCUACUGUUUGCGGUAUUUCUGUAACAACUGAUUUUCUGUUGUUACAUGUUUCAUGGAACAUCAAUAAAAAAUCUAAUUUGAGAAUUGGUUGCAAUGAUUUAAUGCAACAUAUAAUAUGAUCUUCCAGGUUGCCUGUGAUAACUAGAAAGUACUGUAUUCCCUAUUCUGUCCAUGUUAAAUAAUUAUUCUGUUCUUGGAAUACUGGAAAGAGGUAAGUAAGUAAUAUUUCUGU